AUGUCGUCGUCGUCGACGUCCGCCAGGCCGCACCGGCGUCGCAGAGACGAGUAUGAGCAGGAGACAGAAAACACAACCUACGAGACUGCUACCACGUCGCCGGCCAGCAAGCGACAGCGAAGAGACGAAGAUAUCAGCGACGAUGACGAUGGCGACGACGACGGCGAUGACGACGGCGAUGACGACGAGUCUCCAGAUGCUCCUCUUCUACCAGACAGCUAUCGUCGCUCUCCAAAGGGCAAAGGGCGCGCAAUCGACGCGAAUGGUGCCUUGGACGCUUCGCAAGAACACAAUCCCGGCGCUAUUGUUCGUGUCACCAUGAAAACCUUCGUCACCUACACUCAUGCCGAAUUCCUCCCUGGACCCAAUCUGAACAUGAUCAUCGGUCCAAAUGGUACGGGCAAGAGUACCUUGGUAUGUGCCAUCUGCCUGGGUCUAGGAUGGAAACCAGAACAUCUGGGUCGUGCGAAAGAUGUGACCGAAUUCGUCAAGCAUGGCGCCAAAGAAGCCACGAUCGAGAUUGAGCUCAAGGCCGAUACCGACAUUCAUCCCGAAAACCCUGUCAUCACCUGCAUAAUUACCAGAGACGGUGGUAAAGGCGACGACAAGAAGACGACGUUCAAGAUCAACGGCAGAAAGUCAACUCGCAAGGCCGUACUAGAAUUAGUCAAGAAGAAUUAUUCCAUCCAGGUCGACAAUCUCUGUCAGUUCUUGCCUCAAGACAGGGUAGUUGAAUUUGCCGCUCUGUCUCCUGUUGAUCUGCUCGUCCAGACCCAAAGGGCUGCCGCGGAUCCAUACAUGUCUGAAUGGCAUGAGCAGCUCAAGACCAUGCGCAAGGAACAACGAGAGAAGCAGGCUGAUAAUCAGAAUUUGCUCGGGACAUUGAAGGAUAUGGAAAGCCGUCAGAGGAGGCAAGCCGAAGACGUGGAGAAAUUCCGUGAAAAAGAAGCACUUCGAGAUCGACUGAACGCACUAGAGAAGAUGAAACCUGUCGCCGAGUAUUCUCACAUUCGCAAACAGCGUGGUGAGGCAAAGGAGAGGAGGAAGGCGGCCGACAAGGAGUUCAAGGCAUUGGAACGCAGAAUGGAGCCUAAUUUUGCAGCCAUGAACGCAAAGGACGCCUACCGAAAGCAGCUCGACAGAGUGGUCACGCACCGAUCGAAACUGGUAGAGCAGACAGAAAGGAGACUGGGCGACGAACAGGGCAAAUUGAGGGACUUAGGCGACCAAAUCCGGCAGUGCACAGAAGAGUUGCACACUGAGACAGAGAGAGUCAAGAAGGACAAGGCCACUGUCCUUCGUCUUCAGCCUGAUCUUAAUAGGCUCAGAGCGGAGAAAGACAAGCCUCCUCCAGAGUUCGACUUCGAAGCCUUGAGCGACAAGAUCAAAGACCUGUCAGAUCGUAUCAAAGAAAUCGACAAGGAGGAAGACGAGCCCAAAGACCAAAUAAGGAGUCUGGGUGAGCAGGGAAGACAACGCCAGGAAAUGAUCAAAGCGGAGCAGGCCAAGCGUGUGCACCUACAAUCCCAAGCUGGCAAAAUGAGUAGUCAAAUCCAAAGACAUUCGACUCAGUCGGCCAAGUUAUGGGACUGGUUGCAAGACAAUCGAGAGCAAUUCUCUGGAAAUGUCUUUGGACCGGCUAUCGUUGAGUGCUCUGUCAAAGACAAGCGUCAUGCGGGCAUGAUUGAAGCAAUCAUUGGUCCAGGCGACUUGAAAGCUUUUACGGUGGUCAACAAACCGGACUUCAUUAAGCUCACCGACCACGGCUUCAAGACCAUGAAACUUUGGGACUUGGCGGUUCAAUCCGGAGCAAAGCCCUUGUCAGAAUUUGAACAUCCCUUGUCGGACGAACAGCUAAAGAGCCUUGGCCUUGAAGGGUGGGUUCAGGAUCUCCUGGAAGGCCCAGAAGCCGUCUUGGCCAUGCUUUGCAGCAAUAAGAAUCUGCACAAGAUACCAUAUGGCACGUCGGACAAUAUCAGUGAUGAAAAAUUCGAAGCCAUCAAGCGUGCGGGCAUUAUGGCAUGGGUGACACCCAAAAAGACGUGGACUGUUGCCCGUCGCUACAGUCACGAUUCUAUCAGAGUCUCGUCUUUUGGUCCUGCCAGAUUGCUCACAGACGCUCCGGUCAAUACUCAGGCCGAGGAGGAAAUUGGAAGAAAGAUUUCCGAAUUACAGGAUGAGAUCCGGCAGAUCACUGAGGAGAUGCAAGGCGUCAAGGCUCGAGCUUCACAAUUGCAGCGGGAAAAGAAGCAGCUCGAAGGUGAACGUGACGACUUGAAGAAGGAAAAGGAAGACAAGCAGAAAAGGGUGGCCAUGUGGCAGGGACUUGACACCAAAAUCGCCAAUUCCGAACAGAAGAUUGAAGACGCACAAGCGGCAGUCCAGGCAGGAUACGGCAAGGUUUCGGCCAUCAAAGACAAGGAACUAGAUCUGCUUUUCAAGAAAGGACAGCGGGCACUGGAUUAUUCCCGGCUGCUUGAGUCUCUUCGGAGAUUACACGAGCAGCUGUUCGAGGCAGAAAUCAUUCGCAUAGAGGCAGAGUCCGAUUACGAGCAACUGAAAGCGCAGAACGAGGAGGAGCGAACACAGCUAGCCGAACGUCAGGCAGAGGUCGCGCGAUUAGUCACGGUGGAGGAACAAUUGCAGCGCGCCGGGCAAGCGCUCGUGGAGAGGAUUCAACAGCUUUCAAGCGACCUCACAGCCGAGGAGGAUGAGGUUCGACAAGAAAUCAACGGCAAAUCACCAGAAGACCUCGCUGCAAUGAUAGAGCAGCAGAAAGCCAGGCUAGAAAUGGUAGGCCAUACUGGUGGCCAGAACCUGCUCAAGGAGUACGAGGAUCGUGAGCGGAAGAUCGAGCAGAAGCGUGCCCAGCUCAGCACACUCGAGAGCGAUCUUGAAGAGCUCGAUGCGAAGAUCACUGAAAUUCGCAACCGCUGGGAGCCAGAACUCGACGGGCUCAUCGCGUCAAUUUCGGAAGCCUUUUUCGAAAACUUCGCUCGUGUCCAGUGCGCCGGUGAGGUCGCUGUCCACAAAGACGAAGACUUCGAGCAAUGGGCCAUACAGAUCAAAGUCAAGUUCAGGGAAAAUGAAUCGCUCUCCAUCCUCGACUCCCAUCGGCAAUCCGGCGGCGAACGCGCCGUCUCUACAAUCUUCUACCUCAUGGCCCUGCAAUCCCUCGCUCGAGCACCUUUCCGUGUUGUCGAUGAGAUCAACCAGGGUAUGGAUCCUCGUAACGAGCGUCUCGUGCACUCACGUAUGGUCGACAUUGCUUGCGCGGAGCACACGAGCCAGUACUUCCUCAUCACGCCGAAAUUGUUGAAUGGUUUGAAGUAUCAUAAGAAUAUGAAGGUGCAUUGUAUUGCGAGCGGAGAGUAUAUGCCUGAUUCAAAGGAGGAGAACCGUUUGGGGACUUUUGAGGAGAUGGCGAUGAAGGCGCUCGCUAUUAGGAAUGCGGCUUGAUGUACGAUUGAAGAGAACUGGCUGGAUUGUAUGGUUUGCCCUUCUCUUGCCCUCACGCUUGUAGGUAUGUGAUUAUCAGUAUGUCUUUGACGUAGAUGAAUGUCCAAUUCGCUUUGUGAGGAACUCUGGUGCAAUCAAAGGAACUGAACGAGCAUUUGAACGUCUCGAGCUCGCACACGCACAUACACUCAAACCUGCCCUGCCCUGCCCGCUCGCUCGCUCGUCAAGGAGUGUACGAAAGUCGCGAUGCAUGACUUGUCAGCCAUCUCCGUUUCAGCCCCUUCCUUCCUGGUUGAACGGCAGGCACAACACGCACGCACCUUCUACAACGCAUUCUUCGAACUGAUCCUGCACUGCACCUGCUUAUUACUUCUUGCUCUCCUCCCUAUGCUGUGUCUUUUCAAAUUCUAAUAAUGCUCGUGCGGGAGUUUGUUCGAGUGACAGACAUGGCAGCGCGCUCUGCUCGAGUCGUUCCGCACUAGUGCCUGCAUUUUGGCUGACUGUGGCGCAUCACGAUCUUCGAUUUGGCAUGAACGUCAGAAAGAGCAAAGAAGGCCCGAAAAGCUCGCCAUAUACCAUUCUUUUGCUCAGCGGCGCGGAAUUCCAAAUCCGCCGGCCGGCACAACAUGAGGCUUCGCUGAUGGAUGAAGGGAACGCAUGUUCGCGGGUGCAGAUCAGUCUUGUCAAAGAGCCUGGAGGCGAAAGUUCGUGCUGUCCAACUCCAUUAUUCACUCGUCACGACUUGAUGAUGAUCAGCACACCUCGUCCGUCUGAUGAAGUGAAACCUGGAGGCUGAAGUGUCGUCGCUCUGACUGUAAGGGUAUCCCUGGCACGCAUCCAACGGACUGCACUCCGUAAUGUGCAACGAGCGCCCAUGUCUCAGCUUCACCACGUGCUAUGCUCAUUCAUCCCAUCCCAUGCUGCACCAGCUGGCGAGCACGCCUGGCGGGUGCGCUAGGACGGCGGCGAAUAGUAGGUUUUCGAUGCAAGAUGGAUGUUGCCCUCGACCAAGAUCUAUACACGCCUCUUGUGGCAAGAGAGUCGGUCGUACGCCUGAAGGAUCAGGCCCCCUGAUCCGGAAGAAACCUUCUGGCCAGACAGAUGUCACGAAAUCGCGUCUUUGGC